UAAUCUUUUUGUUCCCCUUUUAAUUUUUUAUUUUACAUUGUACAAGGUUUUUUUCCCAUCAUCAUUCUAUGUCCUUUGGUUAUGACCCCUGAACUGAAGUCCAAUCAAAACUGAUUCAACAUUGGCCCUCUCUGGAAAGAGGUGGUACUUAUUACCAUUAAAAGUUAAAUCUUCUUUUAGGAAUGCAAUCACAUUAUGUGAUCUAGAGUACUCUGAAGUAACUUUGCAAUUUGCUCUAGUUCUAUGCUUUUGAGGGGAUAUUUGGAUUGUUUAUGAUUGAAUUUUUCUUCUUAGGAGUUUCCUUAAGUACCACAAGCAGACAAAGGACGUCGUUACUGUAGAAAAGUGAAGUAGAAAUUAAUGCAGAGGAAAAAAAAGAAAGAGCCUUACUGUGCAUAGCUUCUGUGUGUCUUUGGGGCUGUGGCUAAGUAGUAAUUUUUACUUUCAUGGGUGAAUUUCUUGUGGAUGCAACAGUGUUUGAAGAUAAGAAGCAGAUGGGAGAGGGUGGUGCUGCUUCCAAUCCUGCUUUGCAAGUGUCGGUUUCUUUUGGUAGAUUUGAGAACGAUUCCUUGUCUUGGGAGAGAUGGUCCUCUUUCUCUCCAAACAAGUACUUGGAAGAGGUUGAGAAGUGUGCCACACCUGGAUCAGUGGCACAGAAGAAAGCCUACUUUGAAGCACAUUACAAGAAGGUUGCCGCCCGGAAAGCCGAAUUGCUGGCUCAGGAGAAGCAAAGGGAGCAAGAUUCUUUCGGAUCACAAGAUCAUAGUGGAAUAGAUCUAAGUGGUAACACUGGUGCAGAACAUGAUGUAUCCAACAACACUCAAGGUUCCAAUGAAGGGGUUGAGCAAGAAGCCAGUUCUGUUUGUGAGAUCCAUAGGACUCAUGUUAAUGAAUCUGUGGAGGAAGUUGCAGUUUCAAGAGAUUACCAAAGUUCGUCAGUUGAGGUCGAGAACAAGGAUUACCAAAGUUCAUCGUUUGAGGUGGAGAUCAAGGAACUGGAAAGUAGAUCACAUAGUUCCUACCAGAUAGGUGAAGCUGAAGAUGUAUGCAAGAAACAAGAGGAAAGUCCGAACAUUGAAGCUGAAGAUGUGAAGGAAAUUUCACAUGUUGUGUACAAGGAGACAGGAAAGGCUUUAGAAGUUGAAGUAAAAGAUGUGAAAUUGGAUCAUCCAAAGGAAUCUAAGGUUAAGUCUGUCAGUAAGGGUAGCAAUGCAGCCAAGACUAAGAAAAAAUCAAUGCUACUUACUUCUAAGGCAUCCCCAAUUUCAGCACCAAGUUCAAAGCCUGCAUUAACAACUCCUACCAAAACAGUGUCACCUGCUUCUUCAACUAUAAAGAGAAUUAGUUCUCCAUCUUUGUCUAGGAGGCAAAUUAUUUCUAGCGGGGAGAGCAGAAAAUUUGCUAACAAACCUUUGCACAUGUCUUUGAGCUUGGCUCCAAGUAAUCCUGAUCCAGCUCGUCAAAGUACCAUGAGGAGAUCUUUAAUUAUGGAGAGAAUGGGGGAUAAGGACAUAGUCAAACGAGCAUUUAAGACAUUCCAUAACAGUUUCAACCAACCAAAAACUUCUGUUGAAGACAAAUCUUUGACAAAGAAGCAGGUUCCUUCAAGGGGGACUGUGCCAAAGGUUCCAACAUCUACAACUUUGAGGAAAGAAAAUGGACGGCCAACUAAGGUUGAGAAUGUGGAUAAAAGUGGAAAUGCUCUACGAACUACUUUGGGCCCAAAACCUGACAUUAGAGCAGAGAAAGGGAAAGAGUCUUCAAGAAAAAUUGAAGAAAAAUCUAACGCAAAAGGGGUGGAAAGAACGCGUCUUCAAUUAAAAUUGACGGUAAAGGAGGAAAAAGAGGCAGAGAUGAAAAGGCUAAAGCAUAAUGCCAAAGGCACACCCUCACCAGCUUUUUACCGUGGUCAAAAAGUAGUAAAAAGUCGUUCAGAAAAGGGUGAUGCUAAAACUUAAAACCCUUGGUGGCCUCACAAGUGAUAAAGGUAAAGAGAGAAGAAGGAGAAAAGAGGAUAAACACCAGUCUGUUAGGUAGAUCUGAAUGCUCAGAGGAAAUGUUUAUGGAAACAGUUCAACCUUCAACGCUAUGAUAUUCUUGUUCAGUAAGCAACAGCGGAGCAAUCUUCUAGUCAAAUAUAGGAUCUUAUAAACAUUGUGAGGAGUAGAAGGAAGGAGAGUGCAUCAUUGGUUGAUGAUAAUUUUCUUCCUCGCACCCCCCUUUAGGCAAUAUGUUGGUUAGAAAAUAAUAAUGUAUAAUGUAUGUGAUGUAAAAUGUGCAUAUAUCUCUUGUAAUUGGUUGCAUUAUUUUUCUUCUCUACCUGUCCUAUGGGUGAUUGAUAUGGUUUUUAACGUGUUGUAGACCAUGUAUGAUGUAUCUCUAAGAGUUCAACUCACCCAUCUCUCCAUUCACAUGCAAAGAUGCAAGACUUUGUUACAUUGGGAAACAUGAUUGAAGAAUUUUCAGAAUCAAAGAACAAGACUAAUUAAGUGGGUUA